AUGAAGGACAACAAGAAGAAGAAGAAGUGCAACCCUAACAUGUGUGGUGUGGCCAAGAGUGUCCGGUUCUUCGAAGACGAAGAGGGAGAUUGCAGUGAUGGAGCUUCGUCUCGGGGAAGCUCCCCAGUCAAGGGUUCAUCCAAGACCACCUUCGGCUCCAAGGGCUCCAAGAGCAUGGCAACCAAGUCCCCCUCGAAGAAUGGCACUCCUACCAAGGCCUCUUCGAAGAGCGGUACUCCGGUCAAGGCCAGGUCGCAAAAGUCUCCUUCUCCUACCAAAAAGGCUCCACUCAAGAGCCAGCCUCAAAGCCAGACUCGGCAGCAGGUCAGUGGCCCGGAGCUGAUUCAGUACCCUGUCACGAACGACGGCCAGAAUGGCUCUUUUACCCAACCUCACGACAACCUCUCGAUGGAAAUCAGCUGGAAGUAG